AUGGGCGUGGACGUGGACGUGGACGUGGACGUGGACGUGGACGUGGACGUGGACGUAGACGUGGACGUGGACGUGGACGUAGACGUGGACGUGGACAUGGACGUGGACGUGGACGUGGACGUGGUCGUGGACAUGGACGUGGACAUGGACGUGGACGACUUGGACAUGGACAUGGACGUGGACAUGGACGUGGACGUGGACGUGAACAUGGAUGUGGACGUAGACGUGGACGUGGACGUGGACAUGGACGUGGACGUGGACGUGGACGUGGAUAUGGACGUGGACGUCGACGUGGACGUGGACGUGGAUAUGGACGUGGACAUGGACGUGGACAUGGACGUGGACAUGGACGUGGACGUGGACGUGGACGUGGACGUGGAUAUGGACGUGGACGUGGACGUGGAGAUGGACGUGGACAUGGACGACAUGGACGUGGACAUGGACGUGGACGUGGACGUGGACAUGGACGUGGACGUGGACGUGGACGUGGACGUGGACGUGGACGUGGACAUGGACGUGGACGUGGACGUGGACGUGGACGUGGACAUGGACGUGGACGUGGACGUGGACGUGGACGUGGACCUGGAAGUGGACGGUGACGUGGACGUGGACGUGGACGUGGACAUGGCGAGGACGUGGACGAGGACAUGGACGGACGUCGACAUGGACGUGGACGUCGACAUGGACGUGGACAUGGACAGGGACGUGGACGUGGACGUCGACGUGGACGUGGACGUGGAUAUGGACGUGGACAUGGACGUGGACAUGGACGUGGACAUGGACGUGGACGUGGACGUGGACGUGGAUAUGGACGUGGACGUGGACGUGGAUAUGGACGUGGACAUGGACGUGGACAUGGACGUGGACAUGGACGUGGACGUGGACGUGGACAUGGACGUGGACGUGGACGUGGACGUGGACGUGGACAUGGACGUGGACGUGGACGUGGACGUGGACGUGGACAUGGACGUGGACGUGGACGUGGACGUGGACGUGGACCUGGAAGUGGACGUGGACGUGGACGUGGACGUCGACGUGGAGGACUUGGACAUGGACAUGGACGUGGACAUGGACGUGGACGUGGACGUGAACAUGGAUGUGGACGUAGACGUGGACGUGGACGUGGACAUGGACGUGGACGUGGACGUGGACGUGGAUAUGGACGUGGACGUCGACGUGGACGUGGACGUGGAUAUGGACGUGGACAUGGACGUGGACAUGGACGUGGACAUGGACGUGGACGUGGACGUGGACGUGGACGUGGAUAUGGACGUGGACGUGGACGUGGAGAUGGACGUGGACAUGGACGUGGACAUGGACGUGGACAUGGACGUGGACGUGGACGUGGACAUGGACGUGGACGUGGACGUGGACGUGGACGUGGACGUGGACGUGGACAUGGACGUGGACGUGGACGUGGACAUGGACGUGGACGUGGACGUGGACGUGGACGUGGACCUGGAAGACAUGGACGUGGACGUGGACGUGGACGUGGACAUGGACGUGGACGUGGACGUGGACGUGGACGUGGACGGGGACGUGGACGUGGAGGACUUGGACGUGGACAUGGACGUGGACGUGGACAGGGAUGUCGACAUGGACGUGGACGUCGACAUGGACGUGGACAUGGACAGGGACGUGGACGUGGACGUCGACGUGGACGUGGACGUGGAUAUGGACGUGGACAUGGACGUGGACAUGGACGUGGACAUGGACGUGGACGUGGACGUGGACGUGGACGUGGAUAUGGACGUGGACGUGGACGUGGAUAUGGACGUGGACAUGGACGUGGACAUGGACGUGGACAUGGACGUGGACGUGGACGUGGACAUGGACGUGGACGUGGACGUGGACGUGGACGUGGACGUGGACAUGGACGUGGACGUGGACGUGGACGUGGACGUGGACAUGGACGUGGACGUGGACGUGGACGUGGACGUGGACCUGGAAGUGGACGUGGACGUGGACGUGGACGUGGACGUGGACGUGGAUUUGGACGUGGACGUGGACGUGGACGUGGACCACGUGGACGUGGACGUGGACAUAGACGUGGACGUGGACGUGGACGUCGACAUGGACGUGGACAUGGACGUGGACGUGGACGUGAACAUGGACGUGGAUGUGGACGUGGACGUGGACGUGGACAUGGACGUAGACGUGGACGUGAACGUGGACUUGGACGUGGACGUGGACGUGGACAUGGACGUAGACGUGGACGUGGAUGUGGACGUGGACGUGGACGUGGAGGACUUGGACGUGGACAUGGACGUGGACGUGGACGUGAACAUGGACGUGGAUGUGGACGUGGACGUGGACGUGGACGUGGACAUGGACGUGGACAUGGACAUGGACGCGGACGUGGACGUGGACAUGGACGUGAACAUGGACGUGGACGUGGAGGUGGACGUGGACGUGGACGUGGACAUGGACGUGAACGUGGACAUGGACAUGGACGUGGACAUGGACGUGGACAUGGACGUGGACGUGGACGUGGACGUGGGGACAUAG